AUGAUCAAAAAAACUGCUUGUGUUCUGAAAAAGAUGAAAGAGAGUCAUGAACAAAAUGAGCUCAAGAUGAUGAUGGGUGAAGAAACCUCACCAAGCCUCCUUCAGUUUGUGGACAUCGACAUUCAAAAGCCAGUGAAAGGUGCAGGCUACGGCAUCUUGCUGCCUUAA